AUGAGCCCGCAGCCCGCGCCCUACCCCGCCGACAACGCCAAGGCCUCGUCCUCUCGCCACACCCUGCCAGUCCAGCCGCGCGGCAGCAGACGUACGCACGCACAUCGCACCCAUGCGCAGCCCCCGUCGACCCUCGCUGCAUCGGACUAUACCCGGCUAUACGACUGGGCAGGCGGUCCAAAGGCGGCCGUAAAGUGCUUUGCCCGCGAUGUCAGGCGAAUGCCGCUCUUGGAAGGCGUCGGCAUGGCUCUCGGAGGACUUCCGCUGUUCCGCCACGUCAGCACGCCCUGCCUGCAGGCCGACAUCUGCGGCAUCGUCGUCGGCGUCACCGUAAAGGACCGCAAGGUCAUCUAUGAAGUCGACGAUGGAACAGCGGUGCUCAGAGUGCACGUCUCGGCCAGAGGCGAUGAGGCAGACAGCAAGCCAAGACUGGCGGGGCGCCAAACGCUAAAGGUCGAGCAGAAACCCACGGGGAUCCCCAGCUGCUACGUCAGACCUCCCUCUCCCAAGCGGAGGCGGGCACAAGCUGGCUCAAACAUCGCACAGCAAUCCACCACCUAUUCCACCGCGGCCUGGUCCUUCGAAUGCACGCCGAAGCACGACGUCGGCGAGCUGGUGCAGGCCUCGGGCAGGAUCCGCAUCGACUACGAGGGAGACCGCAUCCUGUCUCCCGGCAAGCUGGCCCCUCUGUAUGACCCGAAUGACGAAAGCCGGCACUUCAUAGAGGCUGUACGCCUCGCUGAGCACGAGUACAGCCUGCCCCUCACUCCGCAACGCGUUCAGCAGCUGGCCCACACCGUGCAGAACGCGCUGGAGGUCGACGCAGGCGAUACUCCCUGGGACCUCAACACACACGACGCUGCAGAUGUCGAUCAAGACGGCGUCGGCGGCCACGCCGAAGACAGGCAGAGCAGGGCCAGGAUGCGUCUCUUGAGCCCGAGCGGCGACGGCGUCGCCUCUCACCGUCGCCUGAUCUCACCGCCAAACUCGCAGCACAUGGCGCCCAAGGCUAGCAAGCAGACUCUCGACGUCCUCCCCUACGACGACGGGCCGACGUCCGAUGGCGUGUUCGUCGAGCGAGCAAGGAAGCUCGAGGCGGCUCGACGACUGCUCUCCAGUCAGUCCGACGUCGACGCUCCAGAGCUUGCUCGACCGUCCAUCGCUCAGCGCCCGAGUACGCGGGAACGCAGCAGUCGGUCGACGAUCCGCACCGGAUCUUCGUCCAAGUCGAUCGCACGCGUCCUCGCCUUCCUCGAGUCGUCGGACGUCGAGAGCAUAGAACCGCCGCCCCGCGAUAGCGUCCGCAGCAGCCGAGAUCGCCAACAUCGACGGCGCGACGCGAGCGUGUCGUACGACACGAGUCGGAGCCGUCAGUCGUCGGUGGCCAGCUUUGCGUCAUCGCCCGGUUCGACGUCGCGCAGGCUGAGAAAGCACCAGAAGCUGCCGGACGCCAAGGUGACGGACUCGUAUUUCCGCCUGCAGGUGCAAAAGCAUCUGGCCGAUCGCUGCGACCGAGAUGCAGACGGCACGUCAAGGCUCGGCGCGUUUUCGGUCUCGGACCUGGUGGCACAAAGGGACCUUCGAGAGCUGGCGGAACGCUUGGUGCGGAUCAAGCUCGCUCGGCGGGCGCAAGAAGCGACAGCGACAGCGACAGCGACAGCGACGGCGACGGCGGGUUCUGCCGCGCAUGUGUCGGGCUCGACAGCCUUGCUGAGCUCCGAGUCAGUCUCGGACAAGGUCAAGCGGCUCUUCCAAUGGACGGUGCGGCAGAUGAUGACGGAUGGCUUCAUCAUCCUCGCCACCGAACCAUCAGUGCCGCCGGAUACCCGCUCGACGGCGAGGGCGAAGGCGGGGGCAUGGCAGGGCGAAGUCAUUGACCUCACCGAGCUGCCCGCGAGCAGCGGCGAGAGCCUGUCGCUGGUGGCUGCGCGGCCCAGCGAGGAGAUGUACCAGCUAGUAUCGUCGGGCGUGCUCGCGGGCCCGCUCGUGGCGGUGCUGCGGGGCGGCAGCAGCAGCGGUGGGGCGAGCUGCUACGAUACCGAGGCGGUGCUGCGUCGCCUGUCGCGGCGGGACGAUCGGUUCUCGAGCCUCACGCAGGACCCCGUCGAGUCGGCGCUGUUUGAGCUGCAGGAGCGCGGCGUCGUCUCGCGGUCUCCCUCUGGCCUCUGGACGGCCGGGUCCGGCGUAUAA